CCGUACGCGCACGCCGAGCUCAACGCGUCGGCGCCGGCGCUCAACCACUUCUCGUCGCGCUCGAGCAUGCGCCCGUCGCCGCCCGCGACCGCCAAGGGCCGCCGCAUCGUCUUUGCGAGCAACCUCUCGGUCCACACGACGUGGCCUGCGGCCAUCUACGACCGACGGGCCGAGCCGGCGACGUGCAACCGGCUCACGCCGCAGCUCGCGCAGCAGAUCAAGGAGGAGCUCAACAGCUUCAAGAUGGAGGAGAUGGACGUUCACCCGGCGUCGCGC